AUGCCGCUGCAGCUGUGGGCCGUCGACGUGAGCGGCCACGCGCGCGCGCUGCCCGACGCCGCCGCCGUCGCGCGCGCCCGGCUGCCGGCCAGCGAGGCCGAGGUGGUCGCGCGCUUCGUGCGCGCCAUCGACCGGGCCCGCAGCCUCGCCGGCAAGCUGCUGCUGCGGCUCGCGCUCUGCGAGGUCGAGCCGGCAUGCGCCGCCGCCGGCUGGCAGGCGCUGCGCUUCGACAAGACACGCGAGGGCCGGCCCUUUCUGGUUCACCCAGCCAUGCCGCUCGACUUCAACAUCUCGCACGACGGCGACUGGGUCGUGCUGGCGCUCCAGCGCGACGCCGCGAGCCGCGUGGGCGUCGACGUCAUGGAGCUGGCGUUGCCGCACUUUGAGCGCGACGUGGCCAGCUUCGUCGAGACGAUGGAGCUCGCACUCACGCCGCGCGAGACGGCCUGGGUCCUUGCGGCCACCACGGGCGCGGGCGGCUACGAGGCGCGGCAAGCCGAGGCGCUCCGACGCCUGUACGACCUCUGGACGCACAAGGAAGCCUACACCAAGGCACUCGGCCUCGGGCUCGGCUUCGACUUUGCGCGCCUCGAGCUGCGCCUCGGCGAUGCACGCGAGCAGCGGAGCGUACGCUGCGCGCUCCUCUCCGACGGGAAAGAAGAGCCCCGCUUCGUCUUCACCGAGCUGCUGCUGCCGCCGGGCGCCGAGCGCGGCCAGGCGCCGCCGACGCCCGGCGAGGGCACCGGCCUGCCGAGCCAGCUCGUCCCCGCCGGUCGCGCUGCAGGCGGCCAAGAACGCCGGCUGGCUGCGCAUGACGACGCUAGGUGGGUUGCUCGAGGCGUCACGGGGUCAUACAAAUGUCACAGAUGA